AUGUCCGACUUGAAGAAGCUCGGCUCCGGCCCGCACGAACUCCGCGUCGAGGUCAACUGCUGCAACGUCAAGAAGAUCGACCUCAAGUUUUACGGCAUCGAGAAGCCCACGUGCAAGGUUGUCUUGACGUACAAGGAUCAAAAGUACGAGAGCGCCACGCUCCCGGGUCUCGAUCCGACGUGGGAGGAAGAGUUCGUCUUCUGCGUCGAUGACUAUGAAAACGACAAGGUCUCCGCCGUUUUCUACAUGGGCGACCAAAAGUUGGGCGACGAGCAGCACUUCGCGUUGAACAAGCUCCUCAGGGGCAAGCAAACGUUCAAGGGCCUCAUCGUCCCGGGCGGCAAGGCGGAUUUCAUGUUCACCGCGUUGAACUUUGGGGAGGAGAAGGCCGAGGAAGAGAACGAUGCGUUCAUGGAUUUCCUCUAA